GGAAAGAGGAAGAUUUCUCGAUGACCGGGCCUGACUUUCAAUACCACCGGACGAGGGUUUCGUAACUCCCCAAAUUCGGAAUCUCGAAAAUUUGGUCGUUGAACACGUCACACCCCUAAUGCGCCAGUCAAUUUUCAAAAAAGGACACGCAACCGUCUCUUUUUCGUUACUUAACCUCGUUCAUAAUGGAGUGUCUUUUCGGUAUUACAGGCAAAGAUUUCACGUUGUUGGUUGCAGACACCAACUCAGCUCGCAGUAUUGUGGUGAUGAAGUCGACUGAAGAUAAAUCGCGCGACCUGAACGACUCCACGGUCAUGUUGUAUUCAGGCGAACCUGGCGAUACAGUCAACUUUGCCGAAUAUAUUCAACGCAACAUCAAAUUGUACAGCAUUCGCAACGGUAUUGAACUGAGUCCAAAGGCAGUAGCCACUUUCACACGUCGUGAAUUGGCAGAUUCGCUUCGAAGCAGACAUCCUUACUCUGUGAAUUUGAUUAUUGGUGGUUACGAUCGUAAAGCGGAAAAAUCGGAAUUGUUCUGGAUCGAUUAUCUGGGAGCCAUGGCGUCACUUCCAUUUGCAGCACAAGGCUACGGUGCCUACUUUUGCACAUCUUUAAUGGAUCGUUACUACCGCCCAGAUAUGGAUUUAGAAGAAGCAAAGAAGAUCAUGCGUAUGUGCGUAGAAGAACUAAAGACCCGAUUUAUUGUGCAUAUGCCCAAGUUCUCGGCGAAACUGGUCAACAAGGAUGGCGUGACAGAAAUCGAACUUUAAAAAAGCACAACGGCCUUUAUUUCUAUUCAAAUGCGACGAAUUUCUACAUGUGUAUAAUGUUGGCUUUUUAAAAAGGAAACAAACGUAUUAAAAAACCGA